AUGGCUUCUUCCGAAUCGAACAAUACGAUACAGACGCAAGAUGAUGAUUGCCAACAAGCUGCUGCACCUCUUGAUGAGGCUAAUAUUGAUUCUAAAAUUUUGGAUUUGGAAAGCGAGAGCAGCUGCUCUCCAAGUUCUACUCCAUCAACGCCUACUCUCAAUAUUACUCAAUCAAGAAAGCAAAAGGCUUUUACUUUUUCUGCGAGUUAUGAUGAAUCACCCAUGAGUGUGUCGGAUUCAAGUUUUGUGGAUUUUGAUCACCAUGAAAGAUCAGUGAAUGAUCGCUUUCAUUUAGUUACUCCCAACUUGGAAAAUAAUGAAGAAAAUAAUUCUAAACAAUCGAAAAAGAAAUUAAAACGAUUUGAAGGAUUUUUAAAGUAUUUACACAGAGAGUUGAAUGUUAGCUCGAGGGCAGCUACUCACUUAUUUUCGAAUGAUAACAGGCAAGAAAGUCCAGAGUCUGUGAAGAGUGUAAUAGAAACUGAGUCAACAACGAGUCACAACGGAAAACCUUAUAAUUUUCCGAAUAGUUUUGUGAAAUUAACACACGAUCCAAAAGAUAACUGUUUUACUGACGAAGAGCUGAGGAGUCAAAUGUAUAGAUUUGUUGAAAUUCCGAUUCGUGUUGAACGAUUUUUGUUUUUUGGAUUUUUCAUUUGCUUGGACACUUUUCUCUUUUACUUGACCUUCUUUCCAGUGCGGGUUUUAUUGUCACUUCUCGGAAUUAUUUGGAGCUUGGUCAAGUAUCUUGUACUUUUACCAUUUAAAUUAAGUUUACGAAUAAUUACAAAGGAGCCAAACACAUCAUCUAGACCACGCCCUGUUCUUCACGAGAGCGUUUUAUUUGACAUUGUGAAAUUCCUAUGUCUCCUUAUUAAUAUUAUUUUAAUCAUGACCACAACAGAUUAUUCAUUGCUGUAUCACUACAUUCGAGGAGAAUCAAUUUUGAAAUUAUAUGUAAUUGGAAAUAUGCUUGAUGUAUUUGACAAGCUGUGCUCUGCAUUCGGGCUGGAUUCUCAAAUUGCUGUGCUUUACUCUGCAAAGCAAUUCGUUAAGUGCUUUAUCUCCAUUUCGUCCACUCAAUCAACCUUUGAGUCAGGUCCCAAUCAAGGCGCUCUCACAGAGCUAUUCCAUUUUAUCGUGACAUUAGUGGUGCAUGUGGCAUACUUAUAUGUACAUAGCAUUGUGCAACUCAUUCGAAUUGUCACUCUAAACGCAGCUCUCAACAGCUCCAAUUAUACUUUAUUAACCAUGAUUAUUUCCACUAAUUUUGUAGAGCUUAAAGGAAGUGUGUUCAAGAGAUUUACGAAAGAAAAUUUAUUCCAACUUGCAUGCAGUGAUGUGGUAGAAAGAUUUGAGCUCUUUUGGUUCACUCUUCUCAUUAUCAUACAGAACACCUUGAGAACAAUUGUGGACUCUGCAUCAGCACCAGUGACAGGAGUUGAUUUGAAUGAAUUUGAAAGUAUGGCACAAAUGGAAGGAAACAACUCUCUUUUUGCGUUUCUCGAUGACAAGAUGGAAGAAUUUGGACAAAUUUUUGUGUUUAUGAUUUUUGCAGAAGUUCUCGUUGAUACCUUAAAACACACGUUUGUCUCCAAGUUCAACAAUAUCAAUCCCUCCACAUUCAAACUCUACACUCUAAAGCUGUGUGAUGAUUUGAUUUCUCAUUCCACCGACCCUAAAAAGGGAGAAGUUGCUGUUUCUUCCUUUUUCGACAACACCAAUCGAAGUAAGGUUGCAAGAAGACUUGGUUUUCUGGAGGGACCUCUAAUUACACAUACUUUGAGAAUGAUUUUAGAAGUCAUGUUGCCAUGGCUCUUCCAUUUUGUUGCUGUUUUUGGUUACACUCAUGUUGAAGGUUGGUCGAGUAGUAGUACUAGUACUAGUACGAAUCAACUUGGUCAUUUACAUGAGAGUACAUCCUCAUCAUCAUCAUCACCAGAUAUUCUACUCGCUUCAUCAUCUUCCACUGGUACUACUUCCGUGAUGAUUUUUCUUCAUCCAGUAAUUAUUGUACUUCUCGGAUUUGCAUGUUUAUUCCUUCUCAAAUUACUCAUUUCAAUCAUUGUUAUUGGUCAUGCAGCCAAGAGGGUUUGUCUGUGGAAAAAGGCUGAUCCCAAUAACGCUGUUCAUGGUAUUCCAAACUUUCCCGAUCGCUACAUGAUGUACGAUAAGAGAAUUCCUUAG